AUGGCCAACCCAACGACCAUCCAUCGGCGGGUAUCGUAUAUCCUGCCCGCGCCGAGUGAGCCGCCGCAGUAUCUCUCCCUGCCGUCGCUCGACCAGCCGCGCCGGGGCCAUCCAUCGCCGUUCUUCAUCCCGAAGAACGGCCAAUCGCGGAACGGCAGCGCCGACUUCCAGUCUCGGAACCCCUUCCUCUCACCCGACGAACAGAACCAACCCAAGCACUGCCUGGGUGUUACCUCACUCGCGCUCGACACAUCGACUCUUCUCGAGAACAACCAAUCUCCCGGCGGGAUACUCUACUCGGGCGCGCGGGAUGGCCUGGUAUGCUCGUGGGAGCUGAAUGUGCCGCACAAACGUAGGCGAGGAGGCCGGUACGAGAUCCAGCCGGGACGAGGGAGUAGGGUCAAAUGGGAAAAGGUCGGCGAUGGGGCCGAGUUCUUUGAGGAAGAUGAGGACGAUUAUGAUGAUGAGGACGGAUCGGGCGAGCGGGACCGAGACAGUUCAGACGACGAGGAUGAGGCGGUGGUCAAUGGCAAGCCGAGGGGCGAGGUGCCGUAUGAGGACCGGUGGGAGGUCGAUGCGGAAGCUAUAGCUCAGGCAAAGCCCCGCGAGACGACGCUCCGCCAGUCCGCUCAAACGCAUACCGACUGGGUUAACGCACUCCUCCUCUGCAACCUCAACCAGACCGUCAUCACAGCCUCGUCCGAUCGUACUAUCCGCGCCUGGUCUCCACACGCCGCAAGCGAUGCGGAAGGUCUAUCCCCCUCGCUCAUCGGUACCCACCGGGACUAUGUCCGAUGUCUGGCCUGGGCCAAGCACCCCAGCCUGCUCUUCUCUGGAUCGCUCGAUCGGCGGUUGAGCAUCUGGGACGUGCAGAGUCCUCAUCCCGACGCGCCGAUCCUUAGCAUCAACAUGGACGUCAUCGACGAUUAUGGAGGUGUAGGUAUGGAGGGUGAGCGAGGUAGCGUCUACGCUCUAGGCACCGACCCUGCGGGUCAGAUCCUCGCGGCGGGGACACCAGAGAACGUUAUCCGACUCUGGGACCCCCGGUCUGGGGACCGGAGCGUCGGAAAACUCAUCGGUCAUUCGGAUUGCGUGCGAAGCGUUCUCUUAUUAUCUGGAAGUUCCGAUACCACCAUCAAACUCUGGUCACUCGCAGCUCACCGCGCCAUCCACACCUUCAAUCACCACACCUCGUCCGUCUGGUCCCUCUUCUCCAAUCACCCCAACCUGGAACGCUUUUACUCUGGUUCCCGGGACGGCCAUAUCUGUGCCGUCGACGUCGAGCAAGUCACCGAUAUCGCGGACGGCGAGUGCGCUGUACUCGGCCGAGAGGCUCCUCUCGACUCUGCGGGCUACACUGGCGAGUCCAAAGUUGGGGACGAGGGCAUCCGGGCUAUUGUCGCGAUGGACGACGAGUAUGUCUGGACCGCCAGCGGAGGUGCGGAUAUCAAGCGAUGGCGGGACACGGGUCGGCGGAUCAAUCGCUCUCAGAGCAGCUAUGAGGGUGCGAGCUACGGAGAGCGGGCUGGACCAAUCAACGGGAACGCCGAGCUGGCCCAGCCGUUCGUCCAGACCGACAUGCGUGAGCGGACCGUCGCCUUUGCUCCGCCUCCCCGGAUGCCCAACGGCGCGUCAGACGGAUCCCCCAUCAACGCAGCGACCGCUUCGCCCUCCCGUGAUCGGCUCGGUAUCCCUGGACCUAGGCGCACAACCAUGUCUGGCGAACCUAUCGCUGGGUCCAUUGCCAUCUCCCUUCUCUCGGACAUGUCCAUGCACGACCACGACGAGCAUCACGGUCCAUCGAGCGGUCCAGACACGCUCAACGGUCUUCCAUAUUCAUCGCUUGUCUGCCUGGGCAUGCCGGACUCGCCCUACUCGUUUGGCUUUUCCCGGGGUGUCAGCCGGACGUCGAUCGACAUGCGCCCAGAGACUGAGCUCGGUACACCUCGUAAAGCUCAUGGUCAUGAGCAGACCCCCGCCCAGAUGGCUCGUCGUGCAUUCGAAGAUAGGGAAAUUGCCUCGGAAGCCACACCCCUUCGAAAGCGUCCAGACGAGAUCAUCGCUGGUCGACCCGGACUCGUCCGCUCCCUCAUGCUGAAUGACCGCCAACACGUCCUUACCGUCGAUACGGAAGGCGAAGUCGCCGCGUGGAACAUCAUCAAGGGGAUCUGUAUCGGCCGGUUCUCGGCCGCAGAGGUGGCGGCUGCGCUUGACCUCGAGCGGGGUAUCGAGGCUGGCUCGGCUAUCCGCAAGCAUAGCAAUGAGGUGCUGGAGAUGGUGAAGCAGCGAGUAGAGGGGGAGACGAUGGUCAUCACAUGGUGUCAGGUGGAUACACGGAUCGGGAGCUUGGUUGUGCACCUCGAGGAGGGCCGAGCGUUUGAUGCGGAAGUGUACGCGGACGAGCUAGAUGUGGAUGCGGGUAUCAAGGAGGAUAUGCGAGUGAAUCUCGGCAAAUGGGCACUGGCGAAUCUUUUCCAAGGUCUCAUCAAGGCCGAAGAGAAGGAACUCGUUUCUUCCCCAGCUACCUCGUCAGCACCGAGUCUCUCCCGCUCGCCCGCUCCCACCCAUAUCUCCAUCGAGCGCCCCGGCGGCAACACCCCCAAACACCGCGCGCGGGCUCUAUCUAGCCUCUCUCAGACCCCAUCUCUCAACAUCAUCGGUAUCGCCACUCCCGCAUCUCGUCCUGCUGUCCUCCCCGACGUCGAGUCGCCCCUCUCGCGCUCGGCUCCGGGCAACUACCAGUCGUUCCAUUCCUUCCGGAACGGCGACCACCUCUCUGCCAUUCCGCAGAGUCCCGGGCCCAACUCGCUUGGCGCGGGAACAACCAGUCCCCAGCCUGCCGACGCGCGCGGUGACUACUUUUCAGUUCGAAAGCGGAUGGACAGCAGUCCGAGUCGUGAUGGCGACAAGAAGGACAUACCGCCCACUCCGGGUGGAACUACCGAUAAGACUCCCGCUGUCAACACGCCCGCACCGCCGACGCCGGGUGGGAAGAUGAUGGGCAGGCUCAAGGGGUUCGGGAAGAAGAAGGAAAAGGAGGUGAUGAGUCCUGUGGUGGAGAAUGAGCCGUUAAAGUUGGAGGAGGAUACCGGUCCAAAGCUAUCCGAGAGGGAAAAACAGCAACUCCAAAUCCUCGAUACGGUCCGCUCACAUCCUUUCCGCCCUCCUGGCCCACAAGAAGCUCCUCCAGUCGCCUUCCCCCCGUCGACCGCCCUCCUCAUCUCCGAAGAGUCAAAAGACGCCGGUGCAUGGGUCGUCACGUACCGCUCGCAAGUCUCCGCGACGGACAAGGACCUCGAGGCUAUCGAAACCAACAGCCCGCUCUGGUUGCUGGACUACCUUCUCACGAGCCGGAGUAAGGUCAAGGAGCCUGUCAAGUUGACAUUCAUCCUUGAGCCUGCGCCGGGGUGCGGACUGAAGGAAAUGCCUGAAGGGACCAACCGUCUCUCCGCAUCCCGUAUUCUCCGCGCUCGCAAGGUCAUGGGCUUCAUUUUUGAAAAGCUCGAACUAGGCAGCACCCGUGCCCGAGCCAGCUCGAUCGUCUCCCUUCACUCGCGCAUCACCACUCAGCCCCGCAAGUCCUCUACACUCCCCAUACCCGUUCCUGGCCUCUCGGGUCGGCGUGGCUCGGCUGCCGAAUCCGCCAACACGGCGCCGCACGAUGACGUGGAUAUCGUGUACCCCGAAGACGCGCUGGAGCUUGUGUGCGGGGAUACGGUGGUGGAUCCUAGAAUCACCCUGGCGACGCUCAAGCAGUACUAUGGGAGCGGAGGCGAUAUGCUCUUACAUUAUCGCCCGAGAAAGGGGGUGGUAGUGCAGUAG